AUGUCCACUUUAAGGAAAUCAUCACGAUUGCGAAAACCCGUGACAACAAUCGACCAAAAUCUCGACGACGAUGAUGAUAACGACUUUGAAGACAUAUCUAUGACAUCCAAACCAAGAAAAUCAUCUGCACGUACCUCUGUCAAACGCCCGUCGACCGACGAUCCAGAAGCGGCCACCUCGACGAAAAGACAAAAGAGAAAAACAUCGACAACAGCCAGAAAAACCUCACCGUAUUUCAAACCCAAACCUGCUGAAAAGACAACUGACACACCGAAGCCGAAAGCAAAACGUAAACCUGCGAAUAACACGACAAAUGUAAUAACUGAUGAAAACGAGACAGUAUCACAUCAGACCGCCAGUGUGACAAAGAAGAAAACAAAGGCAAGUGAUGACGAGGACGGAUCCGACGAUUCUGAUGACGAUGACGACGGAUGGGAAGAUGUUCAGUCGAAACCCAGUGAAGAAGUUGUUAUUCAAAAAUUGCUUAAAGAACGUGAAGAAAGACAAUCAGAUGUAGUCAAUGGUGAAGUUGCAGUUAGUUUAACUAGCGACGAAGUUGCUGCAGCCCAAGGUCGCCGAAAGAAGAAUAUAAACUCGAAAGAGCAUCAAUUAGAACUACAAUUAAAGCGUGUUUUGAAGAAAACCUAUCUCCGAAAACAUAAACAUCACAUCGUUUGCAGUCUUGGUCAUGGUUUUCAUUUGAUUAAAACUUAUAUUCACAAUCAAGAACUUUGCUCAAUCAUGUUUUCUUUACUCGAUGACUCUAUAACAAAAACAUUUGUCUAUAAUCCUAAAACAACGAACAUGAACGACGUUUAUCGAUUAGUUAAAUAUUUCAAUGAAGUUUUCAUCGUCGACGAUAAUUCCGAAGAUGAUGUACAAAAGCAACCGAUCAUAAUGGAAAAAUUACGUCAAGCUAUGAGCGAAGGUUCAACAAAAGCUUCUUCAUCUGUGCGAGUGAUCCUUUUUGCAAUUUACGUUCGACUUCUUCAAUAUGAAUGUCGAUUAGUUUUUGCUGCUGAUUUACCGCCGAUUCGACCGCUGACUCAAAAACAAGAAAAACUUCGCAUUCCACAUGGAAGUCUCGUGAAAAACAUCCGGAAAAGCAUGAAAUCGACCACAUCCGAAGAUGAAAACAGUAACAGCAUGAGUAAUGAUGACACAUCACGUCUACAUUCUCAUGAUCAUUCGUCUGAUUUAUCUCGUGUUGUCGCUUCGACUUCGACACCAUCUGUUAAAGAUAACCGAGCUAUUUCGCCUCCGACUACAACUACUUCCACGGCAAAACCAAAGUUUCAAUCGCGUCGUCUCAUGCCGCGAUAUUACUGGAUCGAACUUUACAUCGAAACAAGUGAUGAUGGUUAUAUUCCAAUUGAUCUUUAUACAUCGAAAAUUCAUUCGAUCACAGAUUAUGAAGUGAACAUUGAAUUUCCCAUGCUCUACGUUUGGGCAUUUGACACCGAUCAAUCGAGUUCAUAUGCGAAAGACGUUACCAAAAGAUAUUCGCAAAAAUGGUUAACUACACCAUAUCGUACAUCCCAUAUUGAACACAAAACCAAUGGUGAUCCCAGCUGGUAUGAAAAGUUAAUGAAAAAAUAUCAAGCGAAAGACAAGCAUAAAUCCAGACACUCUCAACAUGAAAAUAAACAAAUUGAGAAUAAAUUAGCUCAACAACCAAUUCCUCAGUCAAAAGCAGAACUAAUCGGUCACCCGUUGUAUGUCUUAAAAUCGAAAUUACUUAAAUUUGAAGGAAUAUAUCCGAAUGAUACGCCACCAAUUGGAUGGUUCAAAGAAGAACCGAUCUAUCCUCGAGAUAAUAUUCAUAUUCUACGUUCUAAACAAACAUGGCUUAAAGAAGCUCGUCAAGUCAACCACGGUGAAGAACCAUAUAAAAUCGUUGAUGGUCGAAUAAAGAACAUGGAUCGGAAAAUGGGUGUGACGACCAGACCUGAAUUAGAACUGUUUGGUAAAUGGCAAACUUCAGAUUAUGUUCCGCCAGUUGCAAAAGAUGGCAUCGUACCGUGCAAUGAGUAUGGCAACGUCGAUUUGUUCAAACCAGAAAUGUUACCAGUUGGCUGCGUGCACAUUGUUGAGCCGAAUGCAGCUCGACUUUGCAAGAAAUUAGGAAUAAACUAUGCUGAAGCUAUCACAGGCUUCGAUGCGCAUGGUGGAGGUUCACAUCCGGUUAUUGAAGGUAUUGUUAUUUGUCAAGAAUACGAACAAACUUUACGUGAAGCGAUUGAACAACAAAAGCAGAUCGCACUUGAGAAAGAAAUUAAGAAAAAAGAAGAACGAAUCUAUAAAAACUGGAGAAAACUUAUCCGUGGUUUAAUCAUUAAACAAAAUCUCGCCCGAAAGUAUGCCGAUGAUGCUCAUGAUGGCGGAGAAUUAGCAACCGAUGCCAAAUAUCAAUGGCCUGUGUUACCAAAAGAAGCCACCAGCAAUGAAGAUGACUUCAUGUAA